AAUUAUGUGCCCAAUAAUCAGUAGCAAUGUGUUCACAAAUCAAUGUUGACACAUAUGUUGCAGCUUGCGGGUUAGGAUAUGGAGAGACAUCAUGCAUCUGUCAAUACUGUUUCCCCAAAUAAAAGAAAACUUGAAAAUUAUGAAGAAAAUCGCGAUUUGAAAAGAAAAAAAGAGGCAGAUGGUGACCAUGCAAACUCAAAGCUGGUCGCCGAACAUUACAACAAACGUGGGAACACAAGUUGUGCGGAACGAAGAAACAGCAAAAUAUUUUACAUGAGAAAUUUCAACAACUGGACAAAAUCAGUUUUAAUACGUAAAUACACGGACGCAUUAUACCACGUUGGUGUCGCGCAUCCUGUUGUGUUGGACCUUGGAUGUGGGAAGGGAGGAGAUGUGUUGAAGUGGGACAAAGCUAGACCUCGACACCUGGUUUGCACCGACUUAGCUGAAACAUCGGUCUCGCAAUGUAAGGAACGAUACGCCUUGUUGAAACGAAGGAACCGAAACAGACAAUUCUUCUCGGCCGAGUUCAUCGUGGCCGAUUCAUCAACUGAAAACUUAAAAGAGAAACUGGAAGAUACAAAUUUAAUGUUCGAUAUUACAAGUUGUCAGUUUGUUGUCCAUUAUACGUUUGAAAGCGAGGAUAAAGCUGAGACGAUGGUAAAGAACGCGUGCAACAAUCUUAAGGAGGGCGGUUACUUCUUCGGGACGACUGUGAACUCGGAGAAGCUCAUUAAUUCAGUCAAAAAAUCCGACGGUCUUUCAUUCGGAAACAACGUCUAUGAUGUCACAUUCGAAAACAAGGAAGAAUUCCCUGAGUUUGCGUGCAAAUAUAUUUUCCAACUCCACGAUGUUGUUAACUGUCCCGAGUUUCUGCUUAAAAAGGAAACUUUAGUCAGAUUAUGUAAGAAACACAACAUGAGGCUUGUGGAAUGGAAAACAUUCUCAGAAUUCUUUGAGGAAAAUUCGCGACCCAAAGAAAAUUUUCGCUUAAUACAACGAAUGAAGUCACUAGAGGUGUUUCCCCCAAACGGAGAACCGCUGAACAGCGCCGUAGAAGGAGACUAUGAACAUGCGCAGUUGGAGUGCGAUAGAAUAAACGAGAAGUAUCCAGGUUCAAAAACCAGGGUUGCUACUUUGUCCAAAACAGAAUGGGAGGCGGCAAGUAUCUAUGUUGUGUUCGCUUUCGUUAAAGAAGACAACAAUAAAAAUCUUAUGUCAUCCGAAGAGACACGAACGACUGCUCCCGAUAAAACACCCCUGGUUAUUUUAUAACUUCAAACCCACCAACAUAUAUCAUAGGUCCUACACUUGCACAGGGAUAGUUAAACACACAAUCCUAUGAAACAAAUCUAACUUAUUGGUUGUAAUGUUUACUGAUUAAUGCAGUGUAGAUAAGCGGGGGUUGGCCUGCCCACCGUGCCCCCCCAGGUUUGGUGCCCAUGACUCCAACACCCAACCCACAGUGUUAGCGAUGGUUAAUAUACGAGUAUGUGAGUUUGAAUCAUGUCAAAUAUUCAAGGCCACAGAAGUAAGUCUGUGAGAUCAAAUAAAAUCGUUUUUCUUUUGUAUUUAAUGUUAAUAUUUUGUCUUUCCUAAACAGGAAUAUAUGAAAUAUUUGUUAAAG